AGGGGCUGUGCGGGGAGGGGGGCUCGGCUGGGUUCGGCGCUUCUUUCCCGGCCUUCCCCCCGACAGAGGCUCGUUGGCCGGCAGAGCGGACGGCGGGGUGGUGGUUAUGAUACACCAAAGCUCGGAGAUGGAAACCGAGGAGCCCGGGACCAGAUACUACACUCCUCUUCAACCAGCCUUUUAUCCCUUUUCCUACAACCAAACGAUGGCUGCAGCUCCUAAUCUGGAGUUGAUGAAUGAGCAUGAAGAUCUUCAGGAAGACUUGGAACCAAACAUUGCUCAGGAACCUAUUCAAGCAACUGCUAAAGGAAGGAAAAGAAGAAAUAAAUCUACUGAACCCAAAAAAUCUGCUGCUAAGCCUAAGCCUAAACCUAAGCCUAAACCUAAACCUGUAAAAUCCAAAGGGAAACAGGAAAAAAUCACAGAUAGUUUCAAAGUCAAAAGAAAAGUUGAUCGCUUUAAUGGUGUUUCAGAAGCUGAAUUGUUGACCAAAACUCUUCCCGAUAUAUUGACCUUCAAUUUGGACAUUGUAAUUAUUGGUAUAAACCCAGGUUUAAUGGCAGCCUACAAAGGCCAUCAUUAUCCAGGACCUGGAAACCAUUUUUGGAAAUGUCUUUUUAUGUCUGGGCUAAGCAACGAACAAUUGAAUCAUAUGGAUGAUCAUACUUUGCCACAUAAAUAUGGUAUUGGAUUUACAAAUAUGGUGGAAAGGACAACACCGGGUAGCAAAGACCUUUCCAGCAAAGAAUUUCGGGAAGGAGGACGUAUUCUAGUGCAGAAAUUGCAGAAGUAUCAACCCAAAAUAGCUGUUUUUAAUGGAAAAUGUAUUUAUGACAUUUUUAGUAAAGAAGUUUUUGGAGUGAAAGUUAAAAAAUUAGAAUUUGGACUACAGCCACAUAAGGUUCCAGAUACAGAAACACUUUGUUAUGUCAUGCCAUCAUCCAGUGCAAGAUGUGCUCAGUUUCCUCGUGCACAGGAUAAAGUUCAUUAUUACAUAAAGCUAAAAGAUUUAAGGGAUCAAUUGAAGGGGGUUGCAUCAUCUGCUGAAGUCCAGGAAGUACAGUAUACAUUUGAUUUGCAGCUUGCACAAGAGGAAGCUAAGAAGAUGGCUGUUAAAGAAGAAAAAUAUGAUCCAGGAUAUGAAGCAGCCUAUGGAGGAGCUUAUGGUGAGAGAACAACCUCUGAGAAUGAACAGUGUAUCUUCCCCACAAAUGGAACAGCAACCAACAUGGAGUACAGCAGUGGUUCUUCCGCUGGUGAAGUGCCUAAUGGACAGUGGAUGAUGCAAACUUUCACAGAUCAGAUUCCUGCAUUUAGCCUCUCAAGAGCACAAGAAGAAGGAAGAGUCAGUACUUAGAAUCAACUCUAUAUUCUACGGUCAUUUUUUUAAUGCAGUGGUCAAGAAUGGUACCUCAGUUCCACAACUGAAGCAUUUGAAUAGCAUUGUACCUCUUAGUUUUUCUUAGGGUGAGUCAUUCUUGGUAGAUGAAUUAGAUUAAUUUUAAAAAGUGUCCUUUGUUAGAGAAAAUCCCCAUUCUUUCUUUUUUUGGUACAAAGUUUCAUAGCUAAAAUUAUUCCAUUUUUGCAGUUUUAGCCAAGUGAUUUCUCGUUUGUGAUGUCCAAUGUCUUGUUUUAAAUCCAUAUUUUGUAAGAUAUUCUGUGAAGUUAUAUUUUUAAGAUAUCCUUUCCUGGGUGUUGGGAUAUACCCUAUGUGUGCUCAUUUAUAUGAAUUAAAGGGCGGAAAUGUUGAUUUAAAAUUAUCAAACAGUAACAAUACAAGAUAGUAGAAAUGCAAGCCUAUCCAUUAAGAGAAGUAACUCAGACAGAACACCAGGUCCUCUCUUUCCCCAAAAAGGACUAGAUUCCUAAUUCUCUCUGGGUCUUGUCGCUGGUAAUCAAAUGUGAAAACUGCCUUUUAAAAAAUGUGGGAUUUGAGCCACAUUUACCUUUAAAUUCAAAAAUAUUUUUCAGGGACCCAAGUCUGUAUUUUUUAUUUCUGUUUCAGUUGGCAUUGCUGGUAUCAACAAAUGGUUCGCUUUGAGUAAAACAAUACUUUUCUAUGCAGUUGAUAUAACUACUUUUGUAUUUAUCGCUCUAAGUUAGGCUUGGAGAAGGAAAGAUAGAUGUGAGAACAGGAGUUGCACUAUUUUUUCUGUGACACUCCACUGCUUGUGGAGGAUAUGCACUCUGUUAGAAUAUUCUGCCUGCUGUGCUAAAUUUGCAAUGCAACAGAUUGUGACCAUUGUCUUUUUAAAAACAUAGUUCCUACGGAGAAUGUUUGUGCUAUCUAUGCCUUCUUUUCUCCUCCAGCCUGCUUUCUCCUUGAGGGGUAGAGAUAAAAGCAAUAAAAGAAGUAAACAGAGUUUUUCAGAAUCUAUUGAUUAGGUGCUUUAGAUACUUGAAUUAUGUACCAGAACUCUAUUUCAGUGUGUAUAUAAUUUAGAUUAUCUAACUACUUCACAAAUAGCUGGAAAUGUUUAAAAUGUUUUAUUGGCGUUAGGAAGUAGGGUUGUAUGGAUCAAUUUAAAGUCAAACCAUAGCUUGCUAGUCACUUUGGAAGUUUUCCAGAGUGUUUUGAUUUCUUGCUCAUUAAAAGAUGAGCAUAUUUAUGACCUGCCACAAAAUAAUGUACAUUAAUCCUCCAAGCCAAUUCUUUUUAAUAUUAAGAUGUGUAUCUAGUUCUGAUCAUGUUGGUUAGUCUCUGUGGAAACUCCAUGUCAAUAAUCUAGUAAAUUCAUUUGUAGCACAAUCUUAAUGCAUGUUUAUUCAAAUUGAGCUCCACGAUAUUCAACAAGGUUUACUUCCUAGUAAGUGUGCUUAAGCUUGCACACUUAUGUGUCACUGUUUACAUGGAUACUUUUUUGCAAGUGCUUGAAGUGCCUUGCAUCAGGGAUCUGGAACACUUUUUUAAACAGAGAAUUAUCUUGCUGCAGAUCAUGCAUAGCUCACUAUUAUGAUGUGAAAAGGGGAUGACUUGUUUUGAAAGAAACAUCCAGGUUAAUGAGAUAUGAAUGCACAUCAGUUCUAGAAUAUGGUGCUUUAAAAUGUAUUUAAUAUGUCUGAUCUGCCUUUUUUUUUUUUUUUUGCAAAAAAAACAAAUUCUUAUAAUAUUUUCUGGUGCUUUAUUGUAACAUUGUUUAAAAGUCAAUGAUUAAUUGUAUUGGUGUUGUUACAACAAAGCAAUUUUAAAUUAUUUGAAAUAAAAUAAUGGAUGCUUAA